AUGGGAAAUGUUGCUGAUGAAACCACUCGUCGUAGCCUCUUUGGUGCGAGUCUUUAUCAGAUGGGCUCAGUUUCAGGAAACACAAGUGGUCCGGUGGCUGUUCAAACUCCUCCGUUUGUACCUAGCGUGUUCACUCAAGGAUUGAUGCCAAACAAGUUUGAUGGUAAAGGCUUCAUAACGUGGCAGAAGAAGAUGUUGUUCUUCCUCACAACACUGAAACUGGACAAAUUCAUCCAGGAGGACAAGCCCCUUGUUUCUUACAGGAUUGAUAAUGUGCACACUCUCGCAAGUGUUGACAUUUGGGUGCAUUCUGACUUUGUCUGCAAAGGAUACAUCUUGGGUCGCCUCAUUGACCCAUUGUACCGAGUCUACUGUGAGAUUCCCACUGCAGAAGAGUUGUGGAGAUCCCUGGAUAAGAAGUGCAGAGGUGAGGACGCUUGCUGCCAGAAGUAUGUGGUUUCAAAAUUCCACAAAUUCAAAAUGGUGGAUUCAAAACCCAUCAUGGAUCAGGUGGAAGCGUUUCAGCUCAUUUGCCAUAAAAUCGCUGCUGAAGGGAUAUCCAUCUCUGACAAGGUCACAGCUAAGGAGCAUAGUGUCAACAUGGCUAAGUACAAAGGCAAAGGAAAGUUCAAGGGGAAGUGUCACUACUGCCACAAAGUGGGACACAAGACUGAUGUGUGUCGCAACAAGAUCAGAGAUGAGAAGCAUCAAGCGAAUCUCACUGAGGAGGAUCUCGUUGCAAUGGUGACUGAGACCGACAUGGGCGAUGUUAGCACUUAUCAGAAAAACAAGACUCAUGAGAAGCUGUUCAUAGGAAACACUGCAGUCUCCAAAAUUGAAGGCCGCGGCAAUGUGAUUCUAAAGAUGACAUAUGGACGUGAAGUCACUCUGGCAAAUGUGAAGCAUGUGCCUGACAUGAGGAAAAACCUUGUAUCGGGAACCUUGCUCAGCAAGAAUGGAUUCGUCACAAGUCUUGAGGCGGAUAAGCUCGUGAUUAAUUAA